UUUCGUUGUUCACUUGAAACAAAAACUUGCGCAAAGCUUCCACAUUCUUUUAUCUUUGCUUUUAUCGAUACUGUAAUACAGAACAAGUUUAUACUCUAUCAUUAGUUGAUACGUAGAAUGGAAGCAGUUGCCACGGCAGUGUCGAGGCCAUGGAAUAGUUCAAAAAUGACUAGCAAACACGACGAUGAACCUCCAAAGAAAAAGCGGAAGAAGAGUACAGAAGUUGUUGUUGGCCAAAAAAAUCCUGUUAUGGUUUUAAAUGAAAUAAAACCAAAUGUUGAGUAUGACAUCACAGCAUCUGGACCCCCCCAUGCAAGAAUUUACUCUGCCUCGGUCACUGUUAAUGGUAAAACCUAUACAGCGGAGGACACCACAAAAAAGAAGGCUAAGGCCAGAGUUGCACAAAUGAUCUUGCUCUGCUCCGUUCAACUAAAAGACCCUAGUGUUAAAGCUCCUUUGAUGGAAGAAGUGGUAGGGGAAGUUGAAGAUUUUAGCAAAGAUCUCUCAGAGGUAGUUUGUGACUCUGAAGAUUUUUAUUAUUUUGAAUCAGCUGUUACACAAAAAGUUAAAGCAUUGCCCUUGUCAGCCACUAGUAAUGCUGAUCAAGCAAAAAGUAAUCCAGUCUUCUAUCUCAAUCGCCUCAGGCCAGGGGUUAAAAUUGAAAUAAUUAAUGAGGCAGGAAGCCCUCAUAUGCCCGUUUAUACUGCAAGAGUUGUGAUUGAUGAUCAAACCUUUGAAGGAACUGGUUCAAGCAAAAAGCAAGCCAAGAACGAGGCUGCUCAAGCGGCAUUGGAAAAGGCUUUCGGCUUGGAACGCACGAAUCAGCCCAAGGCGUCCACCUCAUCAACGAUGUCAUCAGAAAAAGCUUCGGAGCUUGAGUUUGGAGAUUUCAUAGCAAGGCAAAUUGAGAGCACUUAUCAAAAGAUCAUGAAGGACGAGCAGCCUAGUCUGUCACGUUACAAAGUUCUGGCAGGAGUGGUCAUGACUGUUGGACCAACUGCAGAUGGAGCAACAGUUAUUUGCGUCACUACCGGAAGCAAAUGUAUUAACGGUGGGCAAUUAAGUAUGGAGGGUGAAGCCCUAAACGAUUGCCAUGCGGAGGUGUUGGCUCGACGAGGCCUGGUCAGUUUCCUGUACGACCAGUUGAACUCCUUUAAUAGCAACCCUUCCCAAUCCAUCUUUGAGCGCUCAAAUGGAAAUAAUUUAAAAGUGAAAAGCGAAGUUCUCUUCCACCUGUACAUCAGUUCCGCCCCUUGCGGAGAUGCACGCAUUUUCACACUUAAUGAAUCACUUGCCUCCCCUCUUGAAGACCUCCAUCCCAACCGCCAAGGACGAGGUGCACUUCGCACCAAAAUAGAAUCUGGAGAAGGAACUGUUCCGGUUAGUGAGUCCGCUAUUCAGACUUGGGACGGUAUUCUUCAGGGUGAACGACUGUUGACAAUGUCUUGUUCUGAUAAACUCGCACGAUGGAAUGUUGUGGGCGUCCAAGGAUCUCUUCUGUCUAAUAUAAUUGACCCCAUCUACUUCCACACCAUUGUGGUCGGCAGCCUGUACCACCAAGUCCAUUUGCGAAGGGCUCUCAUAGGAAGAAUUGAACACCUCCAGGGCCUUCCAUCACCGUUCAUCUUCUCGCGGCCUGUUCUCUCUACCAUAAGCACACCACCGGAUCGCUUACCGGCAAAAUCUCCUAAGCACAGCGUCAUUUGGAUUCAUGGCUGGCCAGAACAUGAAGUUGUUGAUAUAAGUAAAGGAAAAUUAUUAGAUGGCUCCCCAUCACGGUUAUCGAAGCGGCACUUUUUCUACCGUUUUGUUACACUGACGUCGACAAAUGUUGAGCAUCGAUCACUGUUGCAGAAACACGUCAAAAACGGUCAUGUCACUUACUUAAGCCUGAAACAAGCAGCUCAAGCGUUUGGGGAGGCAAAAGAGAUGCUUCAGUCAUCACUUGUGAUCGCCAGACUGGGACAAUGGAUUAAAAAACCUGUGGAGCAAGACAGUUUUGAAAUUCCUUUUGAUGUAAGCCAAUUGGUAUUUAGCCAACAUUCUCGUCCCGACCGUACCCCGAGUUCUCCAGAUUUCUAGUUCACGGUCAAAUCUUGUUUUACGCUGCAUGAAAAUCCUUCUGCCAUCCUGGCUUGACUGAUUCAAUCCGAUGUUAACUUGAGAAAGUUUAUCGCUUAAGUGACGCUUUCCUGAGACUUGAUUAGUUUGGAACAUGUCUCCAGUAUCACAUAUACACCCUAUUGUUUAUACUUUUUACCGUUUUCAACUGUUUUUGCAAGGAUAUCGUCUCGCCAUUUCCAGUUGUGUGUGUGAAAGAAUGCACAAACCCCAACCUUGCCACUCCUAUUUUACAGGGUUCCCAUUUAGUAAUACGGUCCUCUUACAUGUUUCCUCGUUUCAUAUCCGAACCUUGAUGGACACAGAAACCUCAUUUAAAAUUUCCCUUUAAUUAUUUGCGCAUUCGAAACGAUCGAACACUUCCUCAUAUUUAAUUUGUAACGCGAAAAGAGCAUCCGCAAUAAGGCAUUAUAGAUCUUGCUGAGUGCCUAAUUAUUUUUAAUGGUUUUUCAGACCUAAAUUUUGAAUCAAAUGCAUGCCUAUUUUAACGAACGAAAGCAAAUUCACCAUUUCCACGUUUAUUUUGAAUAUUCAAAUGUUUCAGUAUAGUUGGCUAAACUAAUUGGUCCCCUAACAUUUCGUUCGACUCUGCGUGGUUUACAGUUUACUCGAACAAUAAUUUUUUUUUUAAAUGACCAUUCGUCCAG